CUCCCUAUUCAUUAUUGUUCUCUGUUUUUGUUACUCCUGGAGUGGAGACAGAUCCCAACCUUGGCCAACCGUCCCCAUGGUCAUUCUGUCCUAUCAGGGAAGUAAUGAAGGCUAUAGGUGUCAUCCUUCUAUUGAUCCCUGUGGCAGUCCAUACCCUACCACAAAUGACCAUGCCAGUGGAUUGUGCUGAUGUAUAUUCCGGGGGCUUCGGACACAGUGGAGUGUUUACCAUCUACCCUGGGGGAGCAACCUCUGCUGUCCAGGUCUACUGUGACAUGGGCUGCGAUGACCGACCAGACGGAAAGAAAUGGACGGUGAUCCAGAGGAGAAAGGAUGGGACGGUGAACUUUUACCGUGGAUGGGACCAAUACAGGAAUGGGUUUGGCCAGGCCUCUGGAGAGUAUUGGUUAGGACUAGAAAACAUCCAUCUCCUAACUCAGAGAAAGAAGUAUGAAUUACGGGUUGACAUGGAGGACUUUCAAGGUGCUAAAGUCCACGUCCAGUACUCAUCCUUCUACAUUGACCCUGAGCAUGAAGGAUACAAGCUGCAUUUCAGUGGCUUCAAAGAUGGAGGUGCUGGGAAAUCUAUGGAUAUACACAAUGGGCAGAGGUUCUCCACCUUUGACAAAGACCAGGACAGUAGCACUGCGAACUGUGCCCAAACAUAUCUAGGAGGAUGGUGGUAUGAAGAAUGCCACAGUGUCAAUCCUAAUGGAGAAUAUCUGUGGGGCAGUUCAAUCUAUGGUAUUGGUAUCAACUGGGUGUCUUGGAAAGGGUAUAAAUACUCUCUAAAAGCCAUUGCAAUGAAGAUAAGGCCUGUAGAAUAAUUUUAGAGCCUUUCACCUUUAAUUUGACUCAUAUUGCAUUCAAGGGUUAAUUAAUCCUAAACCUGAUUUGCAAUUAUAUUAUUGAAUUAUAUAUGUAUAUGAAAUACAUGUUGUGACAUUAUGUAUAUUUUGUUGUUAUGAUAAGUCAACAAACAACAUACAAUUUGUAGAAAUCUAUUGAGACGCAAGUUGUCUACGAAACUUACCCUGUUCCAUUUGGUAAGGAUUGUUUGUAGCUCAAAUGUCUGGGAUCUUUGCCAAUAGAUAAUUGAGUUUGAAAGCAAGGUCGUGUUGCCUGGUUCAGCUACAGUUUCCUGAAAAUGAUCACUCAAAACAUGCCCAAAAGUCAAAGAAAAUGAAAAUGAAACCCAAUAUCACAGGAAUAAAGUGGACAAGGCCAAACUUGAAUAAGGAAAGAGAAAGAGGGCAAACUUAAAACAUCAUUAAGAUUCACUCCAUGUUUUCAUAAAUCUCUAUUAAUUAUAUACACCUUGGCCUUCUUAGUCCUUGAAAUGGUGGAUUUUAGGAAUAAUGUGAUGACACGCUGCUAAGAUGGUCUAGCCCAGUCCCUUACCAAAAUGAAAGUGCUAAAUUACCCUUUUAAAUAUAUAUUUUUUAACAGAUUUUACACAUAUUCUCAGUUUUAGUCUCAGAGUUGUUUUUUGACUGUAUAGUUUGGAACAGCUUUUCCUCUAAUUUGACUACACCGGGCCUUUUUUAUUUUUAUUGUUCUUGUUUUAUCCUCCCUAUACAAGCUAAUGCUAACAUGUUUCAUGGAAACUGCAUGGGGAGGGGUGUGGGACAACCGAGCUUUCAUGUCCUUUAACUGAAACCAAACUACAAUAAGCUGGCUGUCUAGCCUGCUCCCUAUUCUCUUGGUUUGUACCUAGUCAGUUCUCGUCAGAUCCAUCACACUAAACUAAACUAACUUUAUUCAGAUCCCUUUAUGCUCAGUGUUUGAAAAAUGUAAUUAAAUGUAAUAAUGACUUGAUAAAGUACCAAAAGCAUCAUUUUAA